GUAGAAACUCACACCGUCAGCUCAUGGUUUAGGCCACUGAGACCACUGCCAGAGCGCCGGAACAUGGAGAACUCUUCGAUCCAAGAAGCCUCUCAUAAGACAUGGAGGCCAUUGCUUCUAGGUUGGAGGCCAUUGCUAUUAGGGUUUAGAAUCCAAACAUGAAACGUGGGGAUUCCAAGUCCUUUGUCUUUGGGUCGGAAGUCGGCGGUCUCUCACGAAUCGUCCGUUCGGAACUUCGAGGUUUGAAACUCGGCCUAGGAUUGCUGAAGAGGUGUUCACUACUCGAUUUAGGUGUUGAAUGGUGAUGGUGUUUUGAGUACAUGUUCCUUUCACAUUUGCAUGCAUUUGCUAUGACUUGAGGCGGGAGAGACUCGCCGUGAAUGCUGGGCAAGUUUGGAUAUACACAAAGAAGAAGUGCUCACAUACAACACGGAGAUCCAAAUCCGACACACGUCAUGUUGGGUGAAUUUCGGAAGUAGGAUUCACCCAGAACAGCCGGUCGAUGGCGGAGGUGGAAAUCGCUCCAAUGAGACAGGAGACGGCUCGAGUUGAAAAGAAGGUCAGGCCACAGGAUUUGUCCUGGAAAUAUAUACUCGUCCAAAAGGCGCACAUCGCGUGGGACCAAAGCGCUGUCAGUCAAUCCCUCCAGCUUUGGGGCCGAGGUGAUCCGUGGAGUGAAGUGAAUGAUGCAUCUUUGGUUUAAAGCCUCACUUGAGUGUCCCAAGCCAGCGUUCCUACUUCCUCUUGAUAUGCAUUUGUAUGUGUAUGCGUUUGUCAUUUCUGUGAUGCUCUAAUUUGAAUGCACUUCAGAUCGCAAGACCAUGGCAAAUGGCAACAAGACCUUGGUGGCCUAGCUCAUUGAUGCGGCAAGUCCAGCAGUGGCCCGACCUCAAACUCUCCCGUGUCUUUCGAGAAUUCGGUGUUGAUGCUGUGUAAAUGUGGUACAUUUGAUCCAAAGCCAACCUGGGUGUGGCUUUGGCAUGCAAGGGAUGCAAAAAGCGUUCACUGCAGAAGGAAGCGCAGUAUUCCUCGGGGCUGUUGACUCGCUUCAGCAGUGAGCCAGGCCAAGCCGCCUAUGGACGCUGAUGGCGGAAAGUAACCAUGGAUUCUGAAGCGCUUGGCAUUUUGAGGGAAGUGAAACAAUUGCUGGGCCAAACUGGGAAUAAUGAUUUCCUUGGUGGAUGCAUCAUGCAUCAUCAUGCUAAUUGCUUUCACUCGAUUACUAAGCUUUCUUACUGUAUGUAUGUACUUGUUGUGGGGUGUUUCGCCAGCUGUGAAGAAUCUUGAACUCCUUGGGCCCCAAGGAGUCGAGGAAAGAUCCAGUCUGCCAAGGCUCAGACCUGGACGUGGUGACGCUGCGGUCACACCGGAGCUCUCUCGGGGGGCACCGGGCCCUUCUUGGACAGGGCCCGCUUGAGCGCCUCGGAGCUCCGGAAGCUCCUCCCCGAGGACUUAGCGGAAGUCUUUGAGCCAAGUCCAAGCCCACACACCACGAAGGUGGAGCCUCGAGAGGCACCCAAGGCAGAGCUCGCGAGCCGGCGCUCCGAGCGGGACGAACGGCGCCAGCGGUGUUCCAGGCCGCCUCAGCCAGAGCCCAUCGCGUCGGAAACCAGUCAAAGCCUCUCCAGCACCACCUCCACGGCCAGCUCGCCGCGGCCCCCACCCUCGGGGCCCUCGCGCUUUCGGCCGGUGCCACCCAGGCCAGCUCCGUGCCCUGACUUGGCAUGGCCGGAGUCGAUGCGCGGCCGCCGGGUGUUGCCACGCCCGGACUCGACGGGCGAGGACUCCAGGAUUCCCGGCGCGGUGGAUCGACUGGACCGGCACGGCCCGGGGGCUGAAACCGACGAGCCUGGCAGCCAACGGCCGCCCCGCAAAAAAGAGGUACAGAAAUGUACCGGAUUAAUAUGGAGUUUUGUUUUUUCAGGCUCCGGACAGGUGGAACGUUCGGAUUCGAAAAGCAAGUCACGGGCAUCAAAGCAAGCGCGUCGUGCUGAAUGGGGGAGUGGCGGGUAAAAACUUGGAGGCGUUGUGAUUGGACACCCCUAGCCAGAUGCAUUUUGCAAUAUGUACGAAUAUGUAUGACAGGUUCAAGAAGCUGCGGUUAGCAGCGCCAGCCAGAUGCAUAAUAGAUCAUAAUAGUACCACAGUCCGAGCUCACCACUUGCUUGGCAAUGAGCAAACAUGUUUUGAAGCAGCAUAUUCCAGGAUCUCUGUGGAGUCGGUUCCGGGAGCGACAGAAAUCGCUGCGAGUCAACGCCUGGCCGCGCCAAAGCGGCCGCGCCAAAGCGCCCCCGUCCACCUGAGGGAGGGGGACUGGAUCCAACAGCCCCUUUCGCAGCUGCGAAAGGAUCCACAGAUUGGCGUGCAACUUCGAACGGAUCCACAGACGCCGCUCCGCUCCUGUUGGCCCAGCCCAGCUGCUUGAAAGAGGUAUACGAUGGUAUACGCCGACCUGUGUCGGUUGUGUGGUCUCUCCACAAAGGCCGAUGGUGUGCUGAAAAGAGGACCCGAGACAAGUGGAGUGGAGGAGCUAGUUACCAAGGAGGAGAAUGUUGAUCGUUUUUGUCCCAACGAGCAAGCUACUAGUAACAAGGGCAUUGCUACUAGUAGCAAGGACGCUAGUAGUAGCUUCUGGCAUUACUACUAGGAACAAGAAGCUACUAGUAACAAGGGCAUGUCCCAAUUGCAAUGUUCCCAGCAGCUUCGCUGCAGAUGCAGGAGCACACUUGAGGUCACCGUGAUCACCUGACAGGAAUGGUCAAGACCAGACGAAUCUUUGUAGUGACCCGCAUAGUCAGGGUCGUCCAGAACAGCAAAAUCCUGCUGGGUCCUAGUACUAAACGAUAUUCCUAUAGGUGUAAACAACCCACCCAGACACCGCCAAAUGCGGCGGACUGAUUGAAUCAUGCUGCGACCAGAAGUCGUAGACAAUCUCACGACUCAUCUCAGAGAAAAUCAAGUCCAGUCUCCCGAUUCCAUAGGAAAGACCCCCUGAAAUGUCCCAUCAAGAUCCCAGCGAGGCGCUUUCUUCGCAACGCUUCGCUGUCCUCGCCCCAGGUGUGAACUCGGCCUCCUCAGGCUCAUCGUUGCCAGCUCACCGGGCCGCUCCGCAGGUGGGCCCUCGCUCCACGCCGCCCUCUUCGGAGUCCCUGCCGCUGUCGAGGAGGAGUUCACGCGGGGUUCAAUUGGAUCCUUUGGAGACGACACCCAAGGUCCGUGCCACCUCUGAAGACUUCGACGUUGCAGGAAUUCGCGCGCCGAGCAUGGGCAGCGGCUUUCGGGGGGUGAGACGUUGACGCCACCGGAGCAACGUGACGCCAGGGAGCACGUGGGGCGCUGUCAGAGCACCCCGGCCUUACCACGCUGACGCAGAUUGUUCCGUGGCCGAUGCAAAGGUACAGAUGCGGUCGCGCUGUCUGAACGACCGAGUGGGGUGAGCUGCGAAGGACGCUGAUCCCGAUGCGGGCGGACGGCUUCGAUGUAGCCC